AUGGACAACAGCACAGAGCCACAGACAGACAAGGACUACAAAGAACCACCACCAGCUCAGCUGUUGGAGCCUAGUGAGCUCCACUCAUGUUCCUUUUGGAGAGCCGGGAUUGCCGAGUUUGUAGCAACGUUCUUGCUCCUUUACAUCACUAUCUUGACCGUCAUAGGUAUUAAUAGGGCUCCUUCCAAGUGUGCCAGUACCGGUAUCCAAGGCAUUGCUUGGGCCUUCGGCGACAUAAUAUUCGCCCCGUUCACUGCACCGCUGGUACCUCAGCGAUUGUGGACACAUAAAUCCAGCUGUGACGUUUGGUCUCUUACUGGCAAGAAAGCUUUCUCUGAGCAGAGCCAUCUUUUAUAUUGUAAUGCAAUGCCUGGGCGCAAUAUGCGGUGCUGGGGUUGUGAAAGGGUUCCAACCAUCGAGAUAUGA